AUGGAGCGAGUUGGUGGCAGCAGCGUGUGCUGGUUGCUGGCUGAAGCACCAGGUGAGUGGACACCCUUUACGAGCCUGAAUAAAUCUUCCAUAGGGGAUCUCGCUCUUACUUCCAGUGAUCACUCGCUGAAGCGCAGGGUGGCCAAGAACCCAUCUGUGGAGAAUUGCACAGUGGUGAAAUAUUUUUUUGCGAGCGAGUGCGAACGGCCCCGCCUGGGCAGGCUGCUCCGCGCGCGGCGCCAGGCCUGGGCUGCGGCCUACCUCCAUGGCGGGGCCGCGAGCAGGUGGACGGGCAGCGCGUGGGCGGCUGCUCUCCUGCCUCCGACGCUCCACAAGGCCCGAGCUGAGGGCGACAGGGAAGACAUGCCGGGUUUUAUUCCUGGCGCAGACCCAGAGCAAUGUCGGCUGCUGGGAAGCACGGGGGAAGCAGGAAAGGCAUCCGGAGUUUGGAUCUGCGCUCCGGGCUCCGAGCUGCCUGUGUCUGACAGCUUGCUAAUAAUGCAGCGUGGUACGAGCAGGUCCUGUGCCAGUACUGAGAGCAGGCGCGAGCACGAUGACAGCCUCGAGAAGCGGCAAGCCCAAUCCCAGAGCCUGGAGAAGAAACAGGCCCUUGCGCUUCCAGUGCGUCAGCCCUUGGCAAACCUUUUUGUUAAUGGUCUGAUUACAACAACAGCAAGAAAAUUGGAUCGGGAACAACAAGCAGAGCAUUUUCUGGAGGUAACUGUCUCAGAUGGGGGCACAUCUCCCAAGCAGUCCUCAGUCUGGGUGGUGGUCCAGGUUCUGGAUGAGAAUGACAACAAGCCUCAGUUUCCAGAGAAAGUCUAUCAGAUCAAGUUGCCAGAGAGAGAUCGUAAGAAAAGAGGGGAGCCAAUUUACAGAGCUUUUGCUUUCGACAAAGAUGAAGGCCCUAACGCAGAAAUCUCAUACAGCAUCGUGGAUGGAAAUGAUGAUGGCAAAUUUUUUAUUGAUCCCAAAACUGGGAUGGUUUCUUCCAGAAAGCAAUUCACAGCAGGGAGUUAUGAUAUCUUAACAAUAAAAGCAGUAGACAACGGCCGACCCCAGAAAUCCUCAACCGCGCGUCUCCACAUUGAGUGGAUCAAAAAGCCGGCGCCCUCGCCGGUGCCCCUGACUUUCGAUGAACCCUUUUACAACUUCACCAUCAUGGAGAGUGAUAAAGUGACAGAAAUCGUUGGGGUGGUCUCUGUGGAACCUUCUAACAUUCCUCUGUGGUUCGAUAUAGUCGGAGGGAAUUACGAUAGUUCUUUCGACGCGGAGAAGGGAGUGGGCACUAUUGUCAUUGCAAAGCCCCUGGAUGCAGAGCAGAGGUCAAUAUAUAAUAUGACUGUGGAGGUCACCGAUGGAACAAACAUUGCCACGACUCAGGUUCUUAUCAAAGUGCUGGAUAACAAUGAUAAUGGCCCAGAAUUCUCUCAGGCAAGUUAUGAUGUCACAUUUCAGAGGGACAUUCUCCCGGAUACUGAAAUUCUGCAAAUUGAAGCUAUAGACAGAGAUGAGAAAAAUAAGUUGAGCUUCACUAUUCACAGCAGCAUCGAUGGAGUCAGCAUGAGAAAAUUCAGAAUUGAUCCCAACACUGGGGUGCUCUACACUGCUGAGAGGCUGGACCAUGAAGCUCAGGACAAACACAUCCUUACUGUCAUGGUCCGAGAUCAAGAAUUCCCUUAUAGAAGAAACCUGGCCAGAGUCAUCAUAAAUGUGGAGGAUUCCAACGAUCACAGCCCGUACUUCACCAGUCCACUGUAUGAAGCCUCAGUAUUUGAAUCAGCAGCUAUUGGAUCAGCAGUCUUGCAGGUCACAGCUUUGGACAAAGAUAAAGGAGAAAACGCAGAGCUUAUCUACACUAUUGAAGCAGGAAAUACUGGAAACACAUUCAAGAUCGAACCAGUUUUAGGGAUCAUUACAUUACUGAAGGAGCCAGAUUUAACCACAAUGGGACAGUUUGUUUUGUCAGUCAAAGUGACUGAUCAAGGUUCUCCACCACUGUCUGCAACAGCAAUUGUGCGGAUAUCUGUGACAAUGGCAGAUAACUCCCACCCGAAGUUCACUCUCAAAGAAUACCAAGCAGAGGUUAAUGAAAAUGUGGAUGUUGGUACUUCUGUCAUCUUAAUUUCUGCAAUCAGCCAGUCCACGUUAGUUUAUGAGGUUAAAGAUGGGAACGUGGAUGGAGUCUUUGCUAUAAAUCCGUACUCUGGAGUCAUCACCAGUCAAAAAAACCUUGAUUAUGAACGUGCUUCCUUCUAUCAGCUCAUUGUACAGGCAACAAAUAUGGCAGGCAUGGCAUCAAAUGCCACUGUGAACAUUCAGAUUGUUGAUGAGAAUGAUAACGCACCAGUUUUUCUCUUCUCUCAGUAUUCGGGCAGCAUAAGUGAAGCUGCUCCUGUAAAUAGCAUAGUCCGAAGUGCAAGUAACAGUCCCCUCGUGAUACGAGCCACUGAUGCUGACAGUAAUCAGAAUGCUUUGCUUGUCUACCAGAUUGUUGAAUCUACAGCAAAAAAGUAUUUCACGGUUGAUUCCAGCACAGGUGCAAUCAGAACAAUUGCAAAUUUGGAUCAUGAAACAAUAGCCCACUUCCACUUUCAUGUCCACGUUAGAGACAGUGGAAAUCCCCAGCUUACAGCAGAGAGCCCAGUUGAAGUGACCAUUGAGGUAACAGAUGUCAAUGACAACCCACCAGUCUUCAGCCAGCCCAUAUUUGAGACUGUCUUGCUUCUGCCCACAUAUGCUGGUGUUGAAGUUCUUAAAGUCAAGGCUACAGAUCCAGAUUCAGAGAUUCCUCCUGAAUUAACAUACAGUCUGAUUGAAGGCAGUAUGGACCAUUUUUUAAUUGAUUCAAGUACAGGAGUGCUUACCAUAAAAAACAAUAGCCUUUCCAAAGACCAUUAUAUGCUAAUAGUAAGAGUAUCUGAUGGGAAAUUUUACAGCACUGCUAUGGUGACAAUAAUGGUAAAGGAAGCCAUGGAUAGUGGACUCCACUUCACACAAAACUUUUAUUCCACCUCCAUCUCAGAAAACACUACGAAUAUCACAAAGAUCGCUGUGGUGAAUGCUGUUGGUAACCGCCUCAAUGAGCCCUUGAAAUAUAGUAUACUAAACCCAGGCAACAAAUUUAAAAUCAAAUCUACCUCAGGAGUCAUUCAGACCACUGGCAUCCCCUUUGACCGAGAAGAGCAAGAGCUGUACGAGUUGGUGGUGGAAGCAAGCCGCGAACUAGAUCACCUUCGUGUUGCUCGAGUAGUGGUCAGAGUUCACAUUGAGGACAUCAAUGACAACGCUCCGGUGUUCGUAGGGCUUCCCUACUACGCUGCUGUGCAGGUCGAUGCUGAGCCUGGUACCCUGAUAUAUCGAGUGACGGCUAUUGAUAAAGAUAAGGAUGAAAAUGGUGAAGUGUCAUAUCUUCUGAAGGAAGACUAUGGACAUUUUGAAAUCGACAGGGUGUCUGGCAGUGUUAUUUUAAAAGAAGCCUUCAAUUCUGAUUUAUCCAAUAUAGAGUAUUUGGCGGUCGUCGUUGCAAAAGAUGGUGGUGACCCCUCGUUGUCUGCGUCAGUAGAGCUCCCCAUCACUAUCGUUAACAAAGCAAUGCCUGUCUUUGACAAACCAUUCUAUACAGCUUCCGUGAACGAAGAUGUGGAAAUGCACACUCCCAUAUUAAGCAUAAACGCAACCAGUCCAGAAGGCCAGGGUAUCAUUUAUAUAAUUGUUGAUGGAGAUCCCUACAACCAGUUUAAUAUUGACUUUGAUACCGGAGUUCUCAGCGUCAUCAGUGCACUGGACUAUGAAAUAAAUUCUCUUUUCAAGUUGACCGUACGAGCCAGUGAUGCCCUCACUGGUGCGCGAGCUGAGGUCACUGUGGACUUGAUCAUUAAUGAUGUGAAUGACAAUCCUCCAAUUUUUGAUCAGUCAGCCUAUAAUGCUACCUUGUCUGAAGCAUCCUUGAUUGGGACUCCUGUGUUACAGGUUGUUGCUACUGAUGCUGACUCUGACAAUAAUAAAAUAGUGCAGUAUCAGAUAGUCCAGGAUACCUUUAACAGCACUGACUACUUUCAUAUAGACAGCACAAGUGGCCUAAUUCUGACAGCCCGUAUGUUGGAUCAUGAGUUCAUACAGCAAUGCAGCUUGAAAGUCAGAGCAACUGAUAAUGGCUUCCCACCACUUAGCAGUGAGGUUCUUGUUAGCAUCUCAAUAACAGAUAUGAAUGACAACCCUCCAGUUUUUAACCAGUUAAUUUAUGAAUCAUAUGUAAGCGAACUGGCACCUCGUGGUCAUUUUGUGACCUGUGUGCAAGCUUCUGAUGCUGACAGCUCUGACUUUGACAGGCUGGAGUACAGCAUCCUCUCAGGAAAUGAUCGGACCAGUUUUAUCAUGGACAGCAAGAGCGGUGUUAUCACCCUUUCCAAUCACCGGAAGCAGAGAAUGGAACCCAUGUAUAGCUUAAAUGUCUCUGUCUCAGAUGGGUUGUUCACCAGCACGGCUCAGGUGCACAUACGGAUCCUUGGAGCCAAUCUCUACAGCCCUGUGUUUACACAGAGUGUUUAUGUUGCUGAGGUUAGAGAAAAUGCUGCUCCUGGAACUAAGGUAAUCCACGUGAAAGCCACAGAUGGUGAUUCAGGUAUAUAUGGCCAAGUAAGCUACUCCAUAAUAAAUGACUUUGCCAAGGACCGAUUUUUGAUUGAUAGCAAUGGGCAGAUUUUAACAACUGAGCGACUGGAUCGGGAGAACCCCUUGGAAGGCGAUAUUGGUGUGUUUCUGAGGGCCCUUGAUGGAGGUGGCAGGACUACAUUUUGUACUGUGAGAGUGAUAGUAGUGGAUGAGAAUGACAACGCUCCGCAGUUUAUGACUGUAGAAUACAGAGCAAGUGUCAAAGCAGAUGUUGGGAAGGGUUACUUGGUGACCCAGGUGCAAGCUGUGGAUCCAGACGAUGGAGCCAAUUCAAGAAUUACCUAUUCACUGUAUAGUGAGGCUUCUGUUUCAGUAGCUGAUCUGCUUGAAAUAGAUCCAGACAAUGGAUGGAUGGUUACUAAGGGUAGCUUUAAUCAGCUGAAAAACACAGUUCUGUCAUUCUUUGUUAAAGCAUUGACUGAAAACAACAAAGAUGGGAUUUUCAUCAUAGAGCAAGACACAGGACUCAUAAAAUUGGAUAAGAGGCUUGACCAUGAGACAAAUUCGGCUUUUCACUUCAAAGUUGCAGCCACCAUUCGGUUAGACAAAGUAGACAUUGUAAUAACAGUGGAUGUGGAGGUUAAGGUGUUGGAUGUAAAUGACAACAAGCCCAUGUUUGAAACUGCUAGCUAUGAUGCUAUAAUAAUGGAAGGGAUGCCCAUAGGAACGAAGCUUAUGCAGGUUAAAGCAGUUGAUGCAGAUGCAAGUGCAAAUGGGCAGGUCACCUAUACACUGGCAGUGGAAUCGGAGCUGGAAAAGAUCACAGAAGCCUUUGCCAUUGACAGCAACAGUGGCUGGAUCAGCACCCUGAAGGAUCUGGACCAUGAAAAGGAUCCUGCUUUCACUUUUGCGGUCGUGGCCUCAGAUCUGGGGGACACUUUAUCCUUGUCCUCAACCACCUUGGUCUCCGUCACCGUGACUGACAUAAACGAUAACGCGCCCGUCUUUGAGCAUGAGGUGUACAGAGGUUCGGUGAAGGAGAGCGACCCGCCGGGUGAGGUUGUGGCUGUGCUUAGCACUUGGGAUGAA